AUGUCCUUCGACUACGCCUUCUCGUUCGGAAGCGACCCAGCUACGCCCCCCGACUUCUCCUUCGAGGAGGCUCUGAACAGUGCUUCUUUCCACAUGAGCAUGAGCCACAGCCCUUCCGGCUCCCACGCAUCUAUAUACUCGCAUGGCUCGUCACCUGAGUCGGUCGGCACGCAGGUGACCACGCCAGCCAGGUCACCACCCAUCAGACAGCUCGGUCCGCUGUUGCUGCCCAAGAUCCGGCCGCAGGAUCAAGAGAUCCAUUCUCCGCCCAAGCGAGCCAGAAAGCUACCCACGACCAAGUCCAGCAACACCAGCUUCAGACCAUCCCACACGAGAAGCUACACCAACCCGGAGUCCAUCCCCGCGCCGCAGGACAACUUUCCCUCGCACACUCGCUCCAUGUCCACCCUGUGUUCGCCUCUGACACUCUCCACCCCAGAUCUAGAUCCAAAUCCAGAUCGAAAUUCCAACGAUCAACGACUUCGAGCAGCAAGCGCUGACCUCUUGGACUCUCAAACACUCGGCAAAUACGGCUAUCCAACCUACCGCCGAAUGCCUACCUACAUCCCCUCGGCGACUAGCAGCCAGACUGAGACCUUCAACCCAGCCAGCUUCUACAUGGCCCAACGCACUCCCUCUCCCCUCCAGAAUGCCAUCUGCCUCGACGAGAUGACCCUCUCGCCCAUCGACGACGGUCCCAGCACCUCGAUGAUGGCCUACCUCACGUCCCCCAACCCCGCGCCAGCGCUCGUCCGCCAACUCAACAUCCACCUCCGCGAUACGAACAGCAAGCACUUCUGGUGGGAUGUCCGCCAGAUCCGCCCCUGGACAACCUUCAACCCGGUCACGAUCGCCGCCAUCCCCGGCCUACAAGCCCUCCUCAACAUCAAUCUGCCCUCUUCCACCUUCCCUACCCCAGCACGCACGUCCUCGCAGCCCGAGACGGAAGCCGAGUUGCAGAACAUCUACACUUCCUUCUACGCCACGAAGCUCAACGCGGCACUCUCCCUCUCUCUCGGCCCGCGCCAUCUCGCCAUGCGCCCUGCCCCGAAAAGCGCCACGCCGGCCUCGGAUCCAAGUUUCAUCUCCAACUACACCGACGACACGACACAGCUCAUUUACGGGCGCGGCCUCGGCCGCGUCGUCGGCCUGGUCAAGUCCUUUGACCGCUGGAACACGGGCAUGCGCGUCGAGGGCAACCACCGCAAGGUUGAGUACCUCCGCGGGCUCGCGCACCUGCACCGCUGCAUGCGCGAGCACGGCUGCCGGUACGGCUUCAUCAUCACGGAGAUCGAGCUGGUCGUCGUGCGCAACGGCGGGGACGCGGUUCCGCAUUUCGGGUACCUCGAGAUCCAGACAAUCCAGCUGGCAGCGUCGAGCCCGCCGCGGGAUGUGUACGCGAGCGUGGAGCAUGGUUUUGGCAUCGAGGGCGAGAUGGAGGAGCCCGGCGAGGUGAAGCCGAAGGAGAAGCAGAAGAUGACGGCGCUGCUGGCGCUGUGGUAUCUGCAUAUGCUUGCCCGGGACGAUGUGCUGCCCGGACAGGUGGGCUGGAAGAGCGAGAUUGGGGCACCGGCGGAGGGGACGCGGAGGAAGUGUUUGCCGAAGGACGAGUGGAUCCCCGAGCCGCAGCUGGCGGAGAAGAGGGAGGCGAAGAGGGGGAGGGGCUGGGUUUGGCCCGAGGAGGCGGUGGGCCGGAAGGAGCUGGGUCGCCGGGGAGUGAGGUAUAAUUGCUAG